AUGCGGAUCAUAACACUAGCGCUCUGUUCGUCGCUCGUGAUUGCAGCAGCCAGCGCGCACAUCUCGACGCUCAAUGCAGCGUCCUCGUCGUCAGGCUCAGCGCUGCUUGCCCGCUCUGAGGCUGUAGCAUCGUCCGCCCGCGUCAGCAGUCUGGGGCUGCAGAAGAGAGCGGAGACGGAAGACGUGGUGGUCGACGAGGUUGACGAGGGUGACGACGACAGCGAUUACGAGGACGAGGAGGAGGAGGUUGUGGAAGAAGUCGACGUGCUCGAGGCACGCGCCAAGAAGCACAAGAAGGCACACCAUCGAUCGGCAAAGCACUCGGGCGGACGUCGAACGCACAAGAAGCACCACCACAAGAAGCCCAAGAGGCCAUCGCACCCGUCGCACAAAAAAGAGAAGACGCACAAGGCCUACACCACCGGAACGUUCCAGGGCAAAGGCACGUUCUUCGACCCGGACCAGGGCGCGUGCGGCGAGUGGAACACGGGCGCCGACAAGAUCGUCGCCCUGUCAUCCGACAUCUACCAGGGCGGUGCACACUGCUUUGAGCGUGUCAACAUCUGCCAUGCAGGCAAAUGCGUCAAGGCAAAGGUGGCGGAUCUGUGCCCUGGGUGCAAACAUACGAGUCUGGAUAUGAGCCCGAGCUUGUUCCGCGAGCUCGCCAGUCCGGACCUUGGAGUGAUUGACAUCCAGUGGUCGUUCGUCUAG